AUGGAACCACCGGCAAAGCGCCGCCGCAUGAACCAGUGGCUGCCGGACAAAGAAAAUGCCGACGAAGACGAUGAUGAGCUCGCCUUCCGACCGUUCGAGAUUGAGGCCAAGCGAGAUCCGGAUUACAAGCUGUCCAUCGAGCGAGCUUAUGCGGACCAGCGAUUCCAAGCCACCAUGGCGCAUAUCUUCGAAAAGUACGGCCGUGACUUCGAAGGCAUUGGCGACGAGAUCGACCUUGAGACAGGCGAAAUUGUUGUUAAUAACGGCCAUGUUCGCAAUAUGCGCGACGAAGGCGAUGUUGGAGACGGCCUAGGAGGCGAUCUAGCGGACGGAGAGGACGAUGAGGACGAAGGAAUCUUGCUAGAAGAUCUUUUUGAUGACGAGGAAGAAUACGGAGACAAGGAGACGAGAGAAGAAAGGAGACGUACUGGCUUUGGAAAGGAAGCUCAGAAGGGGAAUGAUACGGACGAAGACGAGGAAGAUCGUAUAAUACAGGGCCGUGAGGCGUCUCGCGACUCAAAUUCUAUGGCCCUCGUGUUGGGAUCAUCGUCAGGGAACGCAUUGAACGUUCCUAGGACAGUCGCACGAACCUCGUCAUAUGUCGCGCACAAAGGAACUCAUCUGGGUUUCGCAUCUCCCACGGAACUACCCUUUGCUUCCUCGCCAUUCUCGUUCGACCGAUCACCGUUCGCCGCGGAACCUUGGGGUUUCCCAGGCCAAUACUCCGAUCCUUUAUGGGAUCAACCCGAUUUAUUCGCAGCCCAUCAACCGCAAAAGCAGCAGUUGCCGAUUACACCGAGUCGAUAUAAUUUCCCUGCGCGAAAUGGCGAAAGCUCGAUCUGGGCGCCUCGGUCGAAAUUUCGAGACGAUGAAGAUGAACCCCUUCCAUCCGCAUUCACGGCCACAUUUGGAAAGCACUUGCUUACGAGGAGGAAGAAAAUCCUCAGACACCAACUGUUGCUGCCACCUGCCAAGUCUAUGGAAGUUGAUGACAAUAGGAGAGAGGAGGAGGAGGAGGAGGAGGAGGAAGAUGAAGAUGUGAUUUUGACGGGGAAAAGAUCUAGGGAGAAGCCAAAUUCCGAUGCCUCGUCAGCAGUGCCUACCGAGCGUAACAAUGAUUUACAACAAUCUACAAACUUAACAAGAAAGGAGGCUGGAGAGAGGUUAGGGGAGGGCACUUCCAGUGACAGCGGCUACAAGUCCGUGGAAAGCUCUCGGAGGGGUAGAAAGAGAAAACAGAAGACAGGGGAAGAGUUUGUGAGAAACGAGACGUCGGUCAAACCCUCGGAAGCACCAAAGAGGGCUUCUAACCCACAACCUAACAAAAAGGCAUCGCUUAUUCAACUACCCGACGAGGCCGACGGUCGAAGGCGCUCUGGACGGAUGAGGAAGCAAGUCGAAUUCCUGAACAAAAUUUCUUGGGCUGAGGCCUUGGCAGAGCAAAGGGCCGAAGAACAGAACUUUUAUCACGAAUAUGAGGAAGCUGAGGGUAGCUCUGACCAGAAGCCAGAAUAUGAAGAAGAACGUGCCUUGUCAGAGCCAGAGACAGAUUGUAUCCCGGACUCGGCUGAUGAGGAGGAUGGAGAAGAAGGAGAAGGAGACUAUCCGGACCCUCCGGUCGAGUUGUUGACCUCACGCGAAAGCGAGGUUCGCCAACCGGAUAUUGCAAAUCAUUCCCGUUCGCAAUUACCGGCUGGCUUUCUUCACAAGACUAUCGAUUCUGGGUGCAUUCUUUCGGACGACGAAGCUCCUACCUUGUUGUCUAAGCCGAGGAAAUCUGCUUCCGGAAAUACACCACAAACCACACUUCCACUACGCGAGAUACAGAAUGUCAAGGCUCAGGCGAGAGUCAUAGCCAGCUCGCCAGAUGCCGGCAAAGAAAGCUCACCAAGUCAUUCUCGCAGAAAGCGCAUGAGUGCAAAGGAUACCUCCAUCAUAAACUCGUCUCCCACAGUGGACAAGAGGAGUGCUGGAUACUUUGACAUUCCAUCUGAAGAAUCCAGUGGCGCGGCACCUUUGUCAUCCUCUCCCACCCGCUUCUUAUCUCGGAUCACGCUUGAUGUGUCCCUAGACGACAAGCCCCAAUCCUCAGAAACCUCAACAAAAAAAGCUAUUUCUCAACCUGCUGCUAUUCCACCUUCAAGUCCAUGUGCUCGUAUUGGUGAGGAUGCUGUCAAGGCCACGUCCUCUAAAAAGAGGAGACGCCAGUCAGAGCAGCCGGUGAACAAUACAACCGCCAUCACCGUCAUUGACGAUAGCUCCUACGAAACAUUCGACGACCUCUCUCAGACUACAUCUUCUUCACUCGUCAAGUCUUCUCUGCGCGUUGAGCCAACCCUUCCAUCCCCCAGACGCACUAUCUCACCUCCCGAGGCAGUAAAUCAGACACUUGCACAAUCUCCCUCAAAAAUCCCCCCAAAAUCUCCGUCGAAAUCACCCUCAAAGAGCCCUUCAAAGCGCCCCUCACAGUCAAACUCCUCUGUCGAGGCCGAGAAACCUGUGCCAUCUUUGAACAAUCCGCCGCAGACACCUCGCCGCCAUAACCACCGCUCUUUAAAGGUCCCUUCUUCUCGACAUUCCAUUCUGUCUUUGCUGUCUGAUGACGAAGACGAGGAGAUUGACGAGCUGGGCCGCAACCUGGCUUCCAAGCCCAAGUUGCUUAGUUCUGCGGCACAAACGACUGCGCGCAAGGUGUGGAAAUCUAGCUCUCUUACUAGAGAGGUGUACCACACACCUGUGAAGAAACGACCGUCGGAGCCCGUCAGUCCUAGCAGCAUUAUCAAGACACCUGGUGGCACGCUGAGGACGUGCGGAAUGGAUGGAUACAGGUGUGGACGAGAUUUCUGUUUUACAUGUUUAUAG